AGAGGAGAGAAGAGAGAGAGAGAGAGAGAGAGAACAGUAAAAGAGCUCGAGGGUGAAAGCCACGCUUCAGUUUGUCGCGUGUCCCUUCGACGACGAGCACGCAUUCAGAACUUUAUUCGUGAACGCGCCAAAAGUGUAUAGAUGGGAUAAUAAAAAAAGACAGAUAAAAAAAUGGACUAACGAUUAAAAGAAGAGAGAAGAUGUAUUAAUAAACUAACGCGAACGAGAAGAAGAAGAAGGAAAGGAGAAAGAGAAAUAAGAAGGGACAAUUGUGAAAUCAAGAAUUUUUAAUUAAUCGAGUUUAGUUUUUGAAAGAAAUUUUCUUGAUUGAAAAAUACGAGAAUAUAUGAAAUGAUAUUAUGUAUCUUAUGAUAUGAUCGAGAAGAAAUAUUUGAAAUUUUUUAUUCUUAUUUGGAUUUUAAUUGUAUUUUUAAUUUAAUUCGACGUACGUAUAAGAGAUUUUAAAUAGAGUCAAACAGAGAGAGAGAGUGAGAGAGAGAGAGAGAAACUGAGGAGAAGAGGACAAGGUAGAGAAAAGUAAAGAGUGACAGAGAGAACAAAAGAAAAUACAAACAAUAAAAAGAGAAAGGAAAUAUGUUAGAGAAGAGAAUCCGUAUAAAGUUUAUUUUUAUUUGACGAAGAAACCUUAGUAACAAAAAUAUUGAAUAAAAGCAAACGAGAAGAUCCAAGAUAGGGAAACGAAGAAAGAAGAAAUAAGAACGAACGAACGAACGGUUCAAACAAUAACAAAGAAAAAGAAAAGGAAAGAAGGAAGGAUGGAAAGAAAUAAUUAAAAAAAAAAAAAAAAAAAAGAAAUAAAAAUAAUUAAAUAAUAAUAAUUGUAAUAAUUAAGAAUAAGAUGAAAAUAUUGUGACCACGCGUAAUUCUCAUUUGCUUUAUUAUAACUUAUCAAAUAGAUUUUAACGAUUAAAGACAAAAUAAAAAAGAAAACGAAAAAAACGAAAAGAGGAAAAAGAAUAAUACAGAGAGUGAGAGAGAGAGAGAGAGAGAGAGAGAGAGAGAGAGAGAGAGAGAGAGAGAUAAUAUGAUAUUGAUAAAAAUGCAAAGUUUGACGAAGACAAGAUUAGAAAGUGAUAAUAUUGAACAAUCGAUGAGAUCUAUGGAUUUCUUAUCGAUAUCUCGACGAUGAAAGAAAAAGAAAAGGAAAAAGGAGGAAGGAAAGAGAAGACAAGAGAAAAAAAGAUGACGUGGAUAAUGUUCGUUAUGUCACACGACGAUCGGAGAAGAACUAGUCCGUAAGAAGAUCAGAUAAUGACGGAGUCUCCAACACCAUCGACGAGCAAAUGCCACGACGAUAAAUCCGAUAAAUCCGAGAAGGUGGUUUUUCUGCAAAUUCAGGAUAUAAACUGUCAGGUAGCACAAUUUCGUGAUCUCCUUAUAAACGUCGGCCAACCACGUGACUGUCCAGAAUUACGCGAGAAAAUUCGAAAAUUGCGAAGAAGCUGCGUUGAAGCUUGCAAGGGAACAUCUCAACUUGUCCUGCCUCAAGUACGAAGCGCGAUGGAUGUUGGAAUACCAGCGGAUAGUCCAAAUUUGGUCCUAUUAUUCUUCGUAACGCAAUUGUUCCUUCGUGAAUUGUCGAAGAGUAAAAAUCUGAUAAGAAUUGUACCGAUGGAUAUGACUGGAUAUUUUGAGAGCAGAGCGGGACCGUCGAAUAUAGGCAACGUUAUCUCUCAGAUCCUGUUAUGCAAGCAGAUCACGCCCGACUUCAACGAGGAGGAAUUGUGCAGCAUCAAAAAGGAUUCCGAAGAGAUAGGUGCACUGAUCGCUGAGUUACAGGAAUUCAUGCCCCAAUCCGAGGCUGAUACAGAAAAAUGUGUGGCCCUACAGGAAGCCGGAAAUCGAGUAACUCGUAACAAUGGCGGACGAAAAGUGAAUCGAUGGAAUACUAGCAACAGAUCGCGACAAUCCUCCUACUGUCGUUGUGGUUUCAAGUUUCUCUGUUGUACCGCCAGAACGAAUUACAUUUGAGAUUUGCAGAAUGGGUUGUAGCAGCGAAGGGCUUCCACCUGAAGAACUAUCGAAGAAGAAGAAAAAAGUAGUAGAAGCAAUCAACUCUCGUUCAAUUUAAUUUCAUUUCUUUUUCAUUUUUUUUUUCUUUCUUUUUCCUUCUUUUCUCCUAUUCUUUCAUAUCCUUCAUUCACUCUUAGCGAGUGCAUUUCUCGCUUCAUAUUUUUUAUAUGUUUAUUUAUUUCAAAAAUUAAAUCGAAAAAACUUUUACAAAUUCAUGUUUUACAUUUCUUUAUCUUUUGAUUUGCACAAAAAAAACUUUGUACCACCAAAAUAAUUCUACAUCUCUAUCGUAUAUCUUUCUAAUAUUUCAAUGAAUUUAUUAUCUUUUUCUUUUAUUUCCUCUUCUUCUUAACUAUAUGUAUUUUUAACUAAUAUAUAAGAACAGUCGAUCGUUUAAUUAUUAAUGAAUAUUUAAUAAUGUACAUUAUAUGUAAGUACAUAUAUAUUUGAAAAUUCGCGCGAUCGCCAUCUUGAUUUAUAUUAUCAAGCGACCGACCAAUGAGAAACGAUUUCGAUCUAAUUCUUAAAAUAUAAAAAGUAUGCCGCACUGAAUUUCCCUGAUUUAGAUCUAUAUCGAUAUUUAUUUUUCGAAUCUUUCAAUGAAUUUAUUACAUUUCUAUUAAUAUCUUUCUAAUUUAUAUAUGAAAACAGUUAAUGAAUUUUAAAUAAUGUAUGCUAUAUAUAAGUACGUGCUUGAAAAUUCGCGCGAUUAUCAUCUUGGUUUUGUAUUAUCGAUCGACCGACCAAUGAAAAACGAUCUCGAUUUAACCCCUAAAUUAAAUGAAAAUAUGUCGCACACGACGCGUUUCCUGAAUUAUUCGAUACGUUAAUAAGUUAAUAAGUUGAUGAUUUAGAAAACGAGAGUAUGGCCUUUGAUAAAGAAAAAUAGAAAAAAAAAAAGGACAAAAGAAAGGAAAAAAGCGAGGAUCUCCCGUUAAAAAUAAUCUCUGGAUUUAAGUGUGUCUAAAGAGAAGAAACAAAUGAUAAAACAAAGAAAUGAAAGAAUAUAAAGAAGAGGUGUUAAUGGUUAAUCGUUGAAAUUGUCAAGUGAAAAAAAAAAGACAGAAUCUCUUAAUUUAUGCGAGUAUAAUAAUAAUAAUAAUAGACAAUUAUUAUCGAUCGAUAUAUUAUAACAAACCCGUUAUAUC